CUAGCGUACUCGACAUACCCUUGGACAUACACCUCUGCUCGUACAGAUGAUCGCGUUGUUGUUUCAUUCUCUUCCCUUCCCGGUGGUUCUAUUCAGAACUAUAACUUUCGCCACACUAUCUCGCAUCAAGUCGGACACUGGGCCGGUCUUUACCAUACAUUCGAAGGAAGAUGCUUGGGAUCAGUCGACUAUGCUUCUGAUACUCAUGCGGAGGCGUCUCCUGCAUAUGGAUGUCCAUCAGGGCUUCCGUUGGUAUAUAAUUACAUGGACUAUUCAUAUGAAAGCUGUGUGGAAGAAUUUACUGGGGGCCAGGCGGUGGCAAAAACUGAG